AUGCGGUUUUCUUCGAUUAUCGUACUCGUAGUUUUUGCGAUUACUUUCAGCAAUGCAGGUAUUUUUAUGUUUAUUGUCUUAAGUAAUGAGAUAAAUAGGAACAGUGAAGAAACGACAAGAAUCCUCGAUGCGCUAAUGGAGUCCAUACUAAAAAUUGCCAACCGGACCCGAAACCCAAUGACUCGAGUUCCAAAACAUCAAGUUCUGAGGAAAAUGAACCUCCAAAUAAAGUUACUGGUUAGUAUCUUGUAUUUCAAGCAUUUGUUGUUGGUUAUCGAUUCAUUCCAGAACUAUCUGCUGCGAAAACUCCGACCUCAUCUUCUCAUCAAUUUUCAACGACUCCUAGCAUCCUUGAAACAACAUCAGCCAACUACGGUAAUCAAACAACUCGCAGACAUAAUUCUUCUACUCCCUCAACUUUCGAGUUCAGACUCUGCUUCAUCUGCAGUCCAGAAUGCUUCUAAUGUCUACGAUGAAUCGACCUCUUCCUCCUCAUCCAGUUCAACUACAACAACUAUAAUUCCAGCGACUGAAGACAUUUGGGGUUUGCUGAAACCUGGGAUUACUGUACUGGAUGGUGUCACAAUCUACGUGUGCUCAGAGUCCACUACAAGCACAAAAAUCUUACCGACAACACCUCUAAAAUCGACUACCGUCUCACCAGCUUCCACCACCACGACGUCUGCUUCUGAUAGUUCCACUUCUCUGAAAACUCCAAAAAGUUCAACAUCGUCUGGUACAAGCACAUCGAAGAUUCCAACUUCUUCUGAUUCGACGUCAUCUAAAUCACAGGUGUCCUCAUCAUUCACUUCGUCGACAACAAGUUCGACCUCCACCGCAUCGCAAGAGAAGUCGACGACACCAAUUCCUUCGAAGACCGCGUCGAAAAAUAUUCAGACGCCUACCAUUUCUCAUGAGUCUUCCGAAACUUCCUCGUCAAGAUCCUCAUCAACAAGAACUAGAUCAUCGUUGGACUCUACCGGAUCCUCAUCUGGCUCCACAGAAUCCUCGUCUACCUCAACCCAGACUACUCCAGAAAUUUCUUCAUCUUCAGCGACAUCUUCCUUCACUUCUCUUGCUUCCACUUCUCCAGCUCUAACCUCCGCCUCAUCUUCAUCUUCAUCCAGUACAUCCCCAUCAACCAAAGCUGGAACACAUGACGUGAAACCAUCUUCAACUACAAAACCCACUACAAACAAGAUUUCUGCUACAUCAUCGAAGUCGCCUGAAGCUUCCACGUUUUCUGGAACUGAUUCGACCAGCCUCCCGAAAACAUCGGUAACUUCUAGCAACGAUCCAGUUGUCACGUCAUCUGAACGAAUCACCACUGAAAAUUUCAAGACAUCAACGGGUUUCUCAUUUUCUGAAGAUACUUCGCCAGCAUCUUCUGAGCGCACCUCAUCUAGCAGCUCAAUUAUUAUCACCCCGACGGCAUCAAAACUCACGAGCACUCCAACUGAAGAUAUAUCUAGCUCUUCUGAAAGCUCAGAACCGUUUUCUAAAAUUACAACGACGGAACCAAAUGCAUUUCCAACAACGACAUUUGAAUCAGAAACCACCUCUGAAUCUCAUAGCACUCUCUUACCUGCCACAUCUUCUACGUCUUCUGUUGGUUCUAAAAGAACAAGUUCUAUAAUACAGAUUACAAUGGAAACGAGUAGUGUUGGAUCUCCAAGCAUAACAACUGCUGAAACUCCAGAUACCGAAACGAGAACCUCUCCAAAAUCACUCAAAACUACACCAGGAAACUCUGAGAAUACAACGACUGGAGCGAGGAGCACAUCCGUCUCAUCAUCCAUCACCGAAUUUACAAGUUCCUCAACGGCACCGUCCAGAUCCUCAAGUUCAUCUGUGACGUCUUCGGGGACUACUGGAACUUCAAGUUCCUCAACGUUCAUUCCUUCAUCUUCUUCUUCCGUGACGACUUCUGGAACAUCAGAAUCAGCCGAGACGGAUCAUUCGACAGCUUCUUCGUCAUCAGUUUCUGAGCUCACCACAACACAAAGCACACCGAUCACUGAAAGUGCCAAAUUGCAAACCACAACCACUGAAGCAACAGUGGGAUUGUCAACGGCUCCGAAAGUCGAGCCAAGCACAGGUGGAUCAACAUCAACUACCCAGUCAACUACUAGGGAAUCUCCUUUAACUGAAGAAAAGAGCUCAACUUCUUUUGGUAAACCUCAACCAUCCACAACAUCCCCCACUACUUCCGACAUGCUUAUUUCCACAGAAUCCUCAACGUCCUAUCCAACUACAACUGAUUCCACUACUUCCAUAUUCCAAAAAUCUUCUACUUCGGAAGAUCCACCGACAAUGCUGGAUGAUGGAACAACUCAAACCACUUCAAAACAACCAGAGAUCACAAGCGAGCUUCCGAAGUCUACGGAAGCUUUCCCAGCAACAUCUUCUUCGAUAUCAGAGACUUCUCCAAAAAUCACUUCCACUCUAUCGACCCCAAAAACAUCAUCUAUGCCGAAACCCGUUUCGGAAAUUACAAAAACCAUUUCUCAAAAGUCAAGUACGGAAAAUCCAAGCUCAUUUAAAACCACGUUGUCAAAAGAGACACUGAAGUCUUCCACGACCUCCACUUUUACAAAGUCUACAACUCCAAUCCCCUCGACAGUUUCCAGACAGACCUCCACACCCAAAAGUACCACCACCGAUCCCCUCUGCUCCCAACAAUGCCCGGAUGGUUAUCUCGUUGGAACAUCGUAUUGCUUCCGAUUGUUCCCUCGACUCGUUUCUUACCAGUCAGCUCUGGCUUACUGUAAAACAAUCGAUCGACAAACGCUGGCUUCACUGGACAAAAUCAAAGACAACUCGGAUAUCAAAUUGAUUCAAGAGAGUGCUGCACUUCAGAAUGUUGAUUGGAUUUAUGCGAAUGGAAUUGGAGCAAAAGAUGAGAGAUUUUUGAAGAAAGCGUCGGUCUACAAAUACUGUAAUAUGAUGGAUUGUGAUGUGGAAAAGAUCUUCCAGGCCUACGAAUUCUACAACAACUUCAAACAGACGGCAGGAACUCUGGAACCCAGAAGAUCUGGUACUGUCACUUGCAUUUAUGGAAAUCAGAAGAGCACAACUGUCACUUGCAACACUCUUGGAGCGAUGUAUCCAAACCCAACGAACAUUGAUUGUGAGGAAUCAGCAACAGAAAGACAACUGAAAGAUACCAUCAACGAUAUCGUUCCGAAUUGUAAAUCCUGCUACAAAAGAGGAACCAAGGAAUGUCAGACAGUCUUGAAUGAGACAAACCAGGAAGUGAAAGGCUAUCAAUGUAUUUGCAAAGAGCCUUACUCGGUAAGCAAAUCUAAACAGAAAUUUGACAUUUCCAUAUUCCAGAUGUCCACUUGUUGGAGAACCGUUAACAACUGCAAUUCGACCGUAUGUGGGGACCAUGGUACUUGUAUGAGUGAGAUGGGGCACAUGUGGUGUGAUUGUAAGUGGGGAUACACUGGAGACCAUUGUGAUGAAGCACUAGAUGAGAAGUAUGACGGUGACAUUGGCUUCUCGUCCGCUGUUGGAGCCACGAUUACGGUUGGCGAUGGAAUAUUCCGAUUUCUUAAAAUUUGUGUUAUGGGACUACCAAAAGGAGAUGGAGGCUUUGAUGCACAAUCCACGCACCAAACAUUCCGAUGGGUGUGCAUACUGUGUGCAAAUGCUCUCAUCACUCUCUACAGUAACCCAACUCUUCUCGCAAUUCCACUUAUUCAAUGCCGCUUCACUUUCAUUGCAAUCCAUUUCUUCUACGUUCAAGGUAACUACAUCAUAACUUAUAGCAACUCCAUUCUAAAAUUUUCAGCAAUGGUUCAAUGGCUACUAGAGGGAUUCAAUGUGAACCAAGUGCUUCGUUGUGUUCAUCUAAACGAAUGGGAGCGGGAUAUCAAUGGAAACAAAUCAUUAUGUGUUCGGAUUUGGCCAAGAUUCAUUGUAUCGGUUAUUGGAGUAGCUGUAUUUGUUCUGAUUCCGUUCACUGCCGGAUGGAACAAACUGGCAGCUUCUUGGACGUGUGUUGGAGUCAUUUGUCAAGAAACACUUCAUGUUUGGUUUCCAAUCUUUUUUGGUGUCCUCGUGAUUGUUCUUUGGGCAGGCGCUGUUUAUGAAAACAGUGCUCUUAUCAAAGUCCGUCGCCCACUUCUCGGAUUCCGCCUCGAUUAUGAGAUCGAAAGGAGAGUAGGAUGGGAAGCUGGAAAGAUAUUCCAAAAAUGCAGAGAUAAUGAGCUCGUGUGCUUUAUUGGUGUUAUUUUCCUCGUCGCUCAGUGGGUGUCUGUGAUCAUUUCAUCCCAUCACCGAGACGAGAAAUUUUAUGGAAUGAUCACCGUUGUCGUCUCUGGAAUCUACUUUGCCUUCUCCACCUACCAGGAGAUAAUGACGAACCCUGAGGACCGUGCCAAUUUCUACACCCUUUUGCAACGAUUUUUGCCUUUCCGUGCCGCUCCAGCUUACAACCCAGAAACCACCUGGACGAUCGACGAGGUGAAAGAAUAUUUCAACACUCCCAAAAAGGAACGAGAAGAACAAUAUGAAGGAUUCAUCAAUCGAAAUCAGCAGCUAUUCAUUCAUCAUAAAUGGGACAUCAGGAUGAAUGAAUUUUUGGCCGAGGAUCUCAAAAUGACGAUUGAUGAGGCACUGAUCAAAGUCUUCACAGUAGAGAUGAAUGACUUGAAGAAAAACAAUGGAUCCGGAAGAGAGAAAUUGUAUAUCCAAGCCACAUUCGUUGCCUACUGUGACACCAUCCCGCAUUUCGAGCCAAGACCUACAGAAAAGCUUCAAGGACAUCUGGAACUCGUCACCCUGGCGGCGGAGGAUCCAGUUCAUGGAACUCGACUGGCCAAGUUCUUCAUUGUCCCCACUCAUCAUAUCUUUGAGCCAGAGAUCUCGGAAAAGAAGAAGGGUACCAAGGAAAGUAGAAAAAGGAAAAAUCUCAGGAGGAGGAUGCUAAAGAAUAUCGAAGAGGACAUAUUCAAAUUGAGCCGCGAGGAAAUACAUGCCCAAGCGGUUUUCGCAAACUGCGAUUUUGUUCUCCCACUAUGGAAAUGA